AUGCUACAACCGGCGCAGACUCGCUACAGUACUUUCUCUCGCGAACUCCUAGUCAUCUACCUCGUCAUUCGUCAUUUUCGACACCUCUUAGAGGGCAGAGACUUUUCGGUCCACACCGACCACAAACCUCUCACUUACGCCCUCAAGGCCAAGCCAGAUCUGUACUCGCCCAGGGAAGUUCGUCACCUGGACUAUAUAUCGCAGUUCACUGCAGAUAUCCGCUACGUCCGAGGCAGCGACAAUGUCGUUGCUGAUGCAUUAUCCCGUGCGGACAUCAACACACUCACACCCGAUUUCGACCUGCCGAAGCUUGCAGACCUCCAAACGGCAGACGAGUCCAUCGCGGACUUACGUACGUCUACUACUCUGCAGCUUCGAGAUGCACCACUUCCUGCGUCACCAGGUACGAUUUUGUGCGAUUGGUCCACAGGCACCCCCCGUCCCGUCGUUCCACCAUCCUAUCGUAAGGUUGUCUUUGACCACUUUAACUCCCUCUCUUACCCUGGCAUUCGCGCCGGACGUAAGUUAAUUGCUGCUCGUUUCGUUUGGCCGAAGAUGAACUCUGACAUCGCUCUUUGGACUAAACGGUGUUUAGUCUGCCAGAAGAAUAAAGUACACCGUCACACAUUUUCUCCACCAAGUACCUUUGCCGUUCCAGAUGUUCGAUUCCACCACGUCCACUUAGAUUUAGUUGAUCCGCUACCCCUUUCACGCGGGUACACGCAUAUUCUGACAGCGGUUUACCGUUUCACACGAUGGUCGAUUGCCGUUUCCAUCUCGGAUACCUCGGCAGAAAAUAUCGCCAUGGUUUUUCUGACGCACUGGAUUUCAACUUUUGGUGUUCCAGCCACCCUUACUACUGACCGCGGGAGUCAAUUCCAAUCUAGCCUCUUCAGUGAGUUCCCUAAACUGCUCGGGUGUGCGCACAUCACAACCACGGCAUAUCACCCUGCCUCUAACGGCCUCGUGGAGCGUCUACACUGUCAACUGAAGUCCGUACUGAUGUCCCGAACAAAAUCAGCUUCUUGGAGUGACACCCUCCCUCUUGCGCUUUUGGGCAUCCGAUCUACUGUCAAGGAGGGCAUCCAAUGCACUGCCGCCGAACUUGUCUACGGUACACCCUUCCGUCUGCCCAGCGAAUUUGUGCAGCCUUCCACGACAAACCCUAACAUCCCGAGCACCUUCGUACAGCAGCUGAAACAACGCAUGGCUCAACUGCGUCCAACCCCCACUCGUCUGACAUCGAAACAUGUGUUUGUACACGAGGACCUUAAAUCUGCCCCCUUUGUUUUCGUCAGGCAUGAAGCGGUUCGCAAGUCUCUUUGUUCCCCAUAUGAUGGCCCGUAUAAGGUUCUUCAGCGGAUGGACAAGUAUUACGUCAUUCAGAAGGCUGACAAAACUGACACAGUCUCCAUCGACAGACUUAAGCCAGCCUAUGUUGAGUGCAUCCCGCCGUCAGUUGUGCCACUGACUUCCUCUGUACCGUCCUCACCCGAUCCACCCGUUUCGGUCCCAUCGACUCAACCACCACACUCGACCACCCCACCCACCCAUACUGAUUCUUCCUCUACUCCACCACGCACCUCAUCUCGUUCUGGUAGACAUAUCCACUUUCCUGCCAAACUCAAAGACUUUUUGGUGUAA